UUUAAAUAUUGUGUACGUGCGAUCGUUCAUCUCUUUUUGACGCAUAAGGCUUAUGAGUUGCAUAGUGCGUAUGUGUUAGUUUGCAUGAUAAUCCUAAUAUUGGAGUUUUAGUAAACGUAACUUCAAUUUAAAUAAAGUCAUGCGAUUUUUUUAUUUCUCACCACUUCAUGUUAACCAAGCGGUUCAUAUCUCUGCUGUGGCCAACUGUACCCAUGCUUUGUCAUCUAGGCGCACUGUUUUCACCGCAGAGGGAUAUUUCUUUGACGUUUUCAUGAUUUCUUUCGCCUCUUGUGAAUAUGCAAUUGUGCGGGAUUUCAUUCAAGCGGACGUGUGUGAGUGCAUUGUAAGCGGAGAACCAAAAUCUGCAUUUUAUUUGCGAUAAAAAAAUAGUUGACCGAAAAUACAACACAACGCGCAGAGCAGAAAGUAUACAAUAUACAAAAGAAAGAUACACGCUACGAUUGAAUAAAUUUCAUAUCUACUAAUUAACGCCAAGAUGUCGACAAAGGCUACAACACAACACACGCGUCGGGCACCACUUUCGCUAUCCGGCGGCGGCAAACAGCAGAGUCAAAAUCAUUAUAGCGGGAAAUCUGCAGACUCCAACGGCAAUUCAAGUAAUAGCGCUAGCGCUAAAAAUGACAAUAAGCAUUCUGCAAGCCAGAAGACAGAAGCCAGUGUUAACGAUGUAAAAGACGCGACACCGAAAGAUUUGAAGAAACCACAAAACGCUGACAAAAAGCAACAACAACAAUCCGCCAAUAAUGAGACAGUUAAGAAAAAUGAAAAGACUGAUGAGAAGAAAACUCAAAAUGGCAGUGGCAAAGUGUCAACGAACGGCGGUGCCAAGGAGAAACAGCAAAAUGGCAGUGAUAAACAGGACAAUAAUAGUAAUAGUAAUGGCUCCAACGCCAAGAUGAGCUCUACUAACUCAAAUGGUAAUUCCAACGCCAAGGUUAAUACAAAAUCAAAUGAAAAGGCUGCUACACCAGCUGCAAAGGAAGAUGUAAAAACUAAGGAACCGAAACUUGCAGAGCCCGCUGAAAAGAGUGAAAAAGAGUCUGAGAAGGAGAAGGAAAAGGAAAAGGAGAAAAAGAAAGAAAGUGAACAAGAAAAAGAGACUAGAUCUCGACGUCAUGAGGCAACGGUAGCAGCAGAACUGGAAAAGAAACAAACGGACAAAAAUGAACCUAAGAAAGGUGAUGAUUCUAAAAUGGAAGUAGCUACACCAACAUCUCGAUCCAGUGCUGGACAAGCUAAGUCUAGGGCUACACCUACAACAGGUGUGGAGAAAUCUGGCAGAAGUACACCCACAAAACCGAUGGAAAAGUCAACUGCUUCACCACGUAACAAAACCAUUACCACAGUCAUCGAUGAUGUUGAAAUGGAACCACUAACCGUGGAGUCUUCACCAGCAAAGUCCAAAGAGAAUACUUCAUCUGUCGCGGUCGCUGCAGCUGCUCGCGUGCUCCAGCCACCAGCCGCCACUUCGACUCCCGGAAAAGCACCAGCAACACAAAAGACUAAAACACAAACCGUCGAUGCCAAAUCAGAUCACCCGAUAAAUGUACCUAGCUGUGGCAGUUCACCGGAUCGCAAGAGUGUACCACGCACUAUUACACAUAUCGGUGGACGCCGUAGCAUACGUCCGCUUAACGAAUACACUCCUUCAAAAUUCCAAAGUAAUUUACAAUUUCGUGAAUCCUAUCGUCGCAUUAACACUGAAUUAGAUGUCAGUUCUACCACCAAUAGCAGCAUGAAUGUAACAGUUGGCUCAGAGAUACCAAACAACUCAUCCUUUUCAUUUUUCGGACGUGGUCGCAAACGUGACCGUACGCCACCGCGCCAAUCGCAAUCCACUAUGGAAUUGCAAACUGACGCUGACUAUUCGCCGCCGAAACGUGCACGCUUAGAUAUGUAUACCUUGUUUAGUGUAGUUUCUUCGCCCUUAACAAUGUUACGUUCGCGGUUUUCGAGAGCUUCCAUACAAAGCAGCACACCGGUGAAGUUGACCACUAAACUUGCAGCCACAGAUGAGGAUGAAGCUGAUGUACAAAAUGUUUCUGGCAUUUCAAUUGAAGAGGAAACCGCUACCGAUGGCGCUGAAAGUGACGAAAAGACUGCGACCGAAGAUGUCACUGUAGAGAAGAAUACUGACGAUGACACUACACCCAAAAUAGACUCACCAAUGAAGGUUGAUGAAAAGUGUGGUAUGAUGGAGAAGGGCGAUAAAGUGAGUGAUGAGAUGGAAGAAGACGCAGCCAAGUUCUCGAAUGUACACGAGGUUGCAGCAGGUAUCGCAGACACGUCCGUUUCUUCGGUUAAAAAUAAGAGAUGUAAUAUUAUGUAAAGUUUGUUUGUGAAGAAAUUAAGCGUAUUGUCUAUAAUAGUUACCAUAAUUUUCUUUAAAUGUUUCAGAUGUUUAAAUUUUGUACAUCUAUGCAUGUUAAAACGUCGAAACAUUAAUUUUACGUUCGUAAUCAUACAUAUCCCCGUUUGUUUAUUUACGUUCACACAUAACAUAUUCAACACAUUCACACUUAUAUAGUGUUCAUCAUAUAAUGUAUUUGUUUAAGUGCAGAUAAGCUUAGUGGGUUACGAGUGUUGUACACCCCAAACACAUUAUUAAAAUUUAGUUUUGAUCCGCCAAUUUAUACAACAUAUGUAUAAAUGUAUAACUUAACUGAAGUGAAAUUCAAGAUAAUAUUUGAAAGAGUAAUAUUUUCUAAUAUUUAGUAAUAGUUGUUGUGAAAGUAUAAGACAAUGCCAUUUGUUACGGUUUUGAGUGUCAGUUUUCCUGAGAUAUUUGUCAAUUCGCUAACUUAGAACGGUAAUCCGUAUAUUUGAUUGUUGUUGUUGUCUUAUAUUAUUGCAACAACAAAUUUAUAUUUAAUAAAAUAUUAUAUUUCAGAUUCACCGCAUUUUGCAUGUCAAGAAAAUACUAGUUUUUUUUUAUGUUUUUCUGCAAGUAUUUCUGCGCAGAAAGGCAUAAAAGAAUAAAUAUUUUGUAGAAUAAUAAAAUUUUAUAUGUUUGCUUGAUUACUCAUUAUAGAAAUUAUAAUAAUUUAGUUUUUUAGUUUAAACUCAAAUCAUACCCCAUUUGCAUUUUAAGUAAGCAUACAUAUAUAUUUAAAGAGACCUUACGUAAUACAUACGAUACAAGUAUGUACAUAUUUACAGUACCUUACGAACGUUGAGUGUUUGUAAUCGUCAUAAGAUUUGUGUAUUAAUUUUUCGUUUGCAAAUAACACAUUUUAAAUUAAAGCGUUUGUUCAUCAACCAUAAUAAACGCAUAAUUUCAUGAAUAGUUUUACAUAUAUAUUUGUACUCAUCUUAUGCAUUACAAUGAUAAUAUAAAUACAUACUAUAUUUAUAAAUGUAUGGCAAUUUUUAACAAUAUUCAAUAUUCGUAAUAAAGAUUUUAUACAAAAUAUAAAAUAUUUUUAUUCGCACUACCAAGGGUCAUUCGGUACAUAAGACAAAGAGAAAUGUCCGCUUCUUCAAAUCGGACAGGUCUAUAUAACACUCACGGAUCUGAAUACACAUACCAUAAAGCAUUGUCACAGAAAUUCCCAAAGACGUUGUACAAAUCAAUAACAAUCCACAAAGUUAAGUUCGUAUUAGUUUUAGUAUUACCUCCAUCAUACCACUGUUGAAUUUUAAAAAUUGGAGCAACUUUUAUUAAAAGUAAGUGAAAGUAAUUUUGAAAAGUUACAAUGAUGUUUUCAGUAGGUAAAUUUUACGGUUACUUAAUUUAAUUUUAUAAACAAUUUUUAUAAGAAUAAACUUUUAUUUUUGUGCUUUUAAUAAUAACUUUAAAUAAAUAACAAAAUGUGGCGUAAAACUUCAACACAGUCUACGCCACCCUUAUUUCUUACAAAAAUGGCAGCAUUGGCUUCUCGAAACAGUAAUUUGGCAGUACUCUGCAUUGGCAGUUAUGUCAAAUUCAUUUUCAUUUUCAACGUUCGGUCUGAUUUUAAAAGAAUUAUGCUGCGUUUUAUAAUUCUGUGUGCAAUUUCUCACUUUCCGUUGGGUUAAAUGACUUUAAAAAAAUAAUUAAUAAAUACUACAAAUCAAAUACAAUCAAGGCAAAGUUAUUUAAAAUUGAAUACUUCUAGUAACCAAAGGUUACUAAUUAGUGCGCGUUAAAAUUUCAUCUAGAACUUUACGAUCGUAACAUGGAAAAAGAGGAGACUGCAACAGUGCAGUAUCAUCAUAGCGAUUAUAAGACACCCAAAAAGACAUCCAUAAUAAUAGAUGGCGAACGCUUAUUGGAUAAGAUAAACAUAUUAACGACUAGGCCGGAAAAUCAGUCAUGUACAAAGCUACCGACCAUAAAGGACUUUGUUAUUAUUAAGCCAAUAAGCCGCGGUGCAUUUGGAAAGGUAUUUCUGGGAUAUAAAAAUAAUGAUCCAAAUAGAUUAUAUGCCAUCAAAGUUAUGCGAAAGUCCGAGAUGAUAAAUAAAAAUAUGGUAUCACAAGUGAUUACGGAACGCAAUGCUUUGGCAUUAUCACGUAGUCCAUUUUGUGUUAGCCUCUUUUAUUCGCUACAAUCGAUCUCGUACGUCUACUUAGUUAUGGAUUAUAUGGUAGGUGGUGAUCUCAAAUCGCUCCUUACAAUGUACGGGUACUUUGACGAAGCAGCAGCGCGUUUCUACGUUGCAGAAGUUGCGCUGGCGUUGCAAUAUUUACACGAGCACGGCAUUGUGCAUCGCGACAUAAAACCAGAUAAUAUGUUGUUAUCAGCGACUGGUCAUGUAAAGUUGACCGAUUUCGGUUUAAGCAAGAUUGACAAUCGUAGAGAUUUGGAAAUUUCAGAUUUGAUUAAUAUUUCGCCCACUUUAAAUACACGUACACCGGGCCAGUUGCUUUCUCUUACGUCACAUUUAUCCUUUGGGUCAGAAAAAAAAAUGGAGUGUGGUACUGGAAUUUCAAACCUGAUGAAUGCUAUGAAUAAACGCAAUAUGAAAACUGAGUCUUCAGAUAGUGAGGCAGACACAUCAUUUAAUGAAGCAGAACGCACAAGCGAUAGCAAAAUCUCUGGUGUUUCACCGUUCUUUUCCGCCGAGGAGAUUAAUGUAUCGGUUUCACACACAUGCACUCUUAAUACACAACUGGUCGACAGCACUUCUUCGUACCACACGUGCACAUCCACAGAGAUAAGCAAAAACGACACAAGUAGCGGUGGUGUAAAUGCAGCCAUAAAUGCAAAACAUGUUGGUUUUGUCGACAUUAGUAUUGAUCUCAAGGUUGCUGCGGCUGCUGCCCGAGCGAGCUGUAAUGGUUGCAAGCAGGAACAAAAUAUACGUUUGAAAGAUAGUAACAAAGAGAAUACGGUUUUAAUUAAAGUGGAGCAGAGAGAGCAAGAAGAUGCUUCAUUUGAGUUUAGCAUGGUUCGAAAACGUUCCAUGGAUGAGCGUUUGCGUGUUUCCAAAGGCGCCGAAGACUCGGGCGUAUCGAGUCGUAAAAGUGACUACUCUCUAUCGCAGAUCAACACGACUACCAGUUCGCUAGAUAAGGUUGAGAAUAUGUUUAUUUCGAAAAAUGAUACCAGCUGCUCAGACUACUCGCGCAGCUACAACACGAAUAAUAAUGAAACCAGCAGUAUGCGUUCACCGUUUCGCAACCUUUCGAAAAAUUUCAAACGUCCUGAAUUUCUAAGGGGUAUGAAACGUAAGCUAAAUCUUUUAAAUCGUUCGGAGACCUCAUCCAAUUUGGAGACGGACGGUUCUAAUUCGGCAUCGAACUCUGGCAGCACCGGACUCACACAAGAGAUCGAUAUGCUGGACAUUGGUAGCAGUACGCCGAAAAAGCGUAAAGCAGUUAGUGGCGUACUGAAAAUACGUUCACUCUCGGACGAUGAAAUGCCGCCGACACUCAUCGAGCAUGUAACAAAUGUGGUCUUCUCGACACCGGUGUCAUCGCAAAAGAUACCACGUCGUGACGGUGGUUUGUUGGGUAAACUUAAGGCCACACGUUUCGCAUUACCACUCUCGAUAGAGGCAAAAAAAAUGACAGAACCAAUAACAGAGAAGACGCCGUAUCUUAAAAUGGCUGCUGAUGAUCCCACCAUGUCACCGAUUAAUUUGGGCAAUAAUGUGCCGAAAACACCGAAAUGUAUAAAUACACCUUUUCGCACACCGAAAUCGGUGCGUCGCGGCAUUGGCCGUCAGUCCUUUGAACGCAUACUAGGCACACCCGACUACUUGGCGCCGGAAUUAUUGUUGCGGCAAGGUCACGGACCGGCUGUGGAUUGGUGGGCACUCGGCGUUUGCUUCUAUGAAUUCUUGACAGGUUUGCCACCCUUCAAUGAUGAAACACCACAAAAAGUUUUCGACAACAUUCUAAAUAAAAAUAUUGAAUGGCCACAAGAUGAUGAAGCUCUAUCAGCCGAAGCGAUGGAAGCUGUCGAUCUGAUAUUAACAAUCGAUCCCAUAGAGCGCCCUGCAGCUAAAGAUGUGCAGCAAAUGCGCUUCUUCGAAUCCAUGGAUUGGCAGAAUAUUGUAAACGUUGAACCGCCCUUUGUGCCAACGCCUGAUAAUCCCACCGACACAGCAUAUUUUGAGGCACGCAACAAUUUGCAACAUUUAAAGUUGUCCAAUUUCACGCUAGAAGACUAAAGAUGCAGGAAUUAAGACUGUUUAGUGAAUGAAGGUAUUACUGUGUAUACCAAAUUUCUCUAUAGAAUUGGUUAGUGAAUAUGCGAGAUAUCAUCACAUGAGUGCUAUAAUCGCAUUGUAAGAAAUAAGUAAAGCAUUACACACAUCCAUUUAUCUAAUUAAUUCAAUUAUUUUCGUUUUAUUACUAUAUCUAUUUUUUUAUCGAUUUCUUUAAUAUUGUUUUUACUGUAUGUAGCUAAUUUAUCUGUUAGACGUCUUGUUUUAUGAAAAGCUUUUCAAACCAGUUAAAUUAUCUUUGUGUGUAGUAAUAUUUAGUUUUAAUAUCGAUUUUAAAGCAAUAUUAAACGUAUAUGUAUCGGUGUCCAAUAUAAACGACAAGGAAAAGUAAAGAGAUAUAACUGUUUUAAUGAUUCAUUUUGAAUUUGCUUAAUGUAAAUAUGAUUAUUUUUCUAAUAAUCUCACAAAUAUAAUAAAUAUCAUUAAGUGUAGUUUCCUGCUUUUAAUUACUCGAUUAUUGUUUUUGAGCAUAGAUAUAUUAUAUUAAGUCAUACUGAACAAUAUGUAACAUAUCAAAUGUGUCAAUGUUGACAUUAACCGCAUAUAAAUCUCGUUAAAAGCCAGUUUACUAUUUAUUUAUCCAUACAUUUAUUUUAAACUAUUUAAUUUUUUUUUAUAACAUAUAUGUACCAUUUACAAAACAUUACGUAAUAAAAUAAAAUGCACUGAUUAAUUGUAUAUAUAAUAAAAUUGAUUUAACUGCUGUUGCGGUGAAAUAUGUUAAAGCUGA